AUGAAGCUUUUAGUAUUAUCACUACUUGUUAGUGCUUCUAUAGUAUCAUCAAAUGGGGCAAAGUUAAAUCUGGAAGCAUUCGACAAGAUCAAAUUAUUGGAACACGAAGCCAGAGCCGGAUUUAUCAAGACGAGGCAUAUUAUUGACCACGAUAAUGGUAUCAUUGCCUACAAGGACCUCCAUGAGGGUUCUUGUUACAUAGAACAAAUGUUGAGCGAAAUGGAAGCCCAGACAUCCCUUGAUACCAGAACUUUAUAUGUAGCUGGAGAACCCCUUAACAAAAUACAGUUAAAAGAAAUAGCAGGUUCAAGAAUCGUCGACUUCUGCCUCGGUUUCGAAACUUAUUUGUUGCAAGAAGAAAAACCAACUUUCGGUAUUGAAAAUGCUGAUCAACACGCCAGUGAUAAAGAAGAUUUAGUGGGAAACACUAAUGCUUUAACAAAAUUAGAAGGCAGGACUGAUACACAAAAUUCUGCAUUGAAAACUAAUGCUCCAAUCAGACAGAAGAGAGAAGCUGAUGCACAAAGUGGACGUCGAGGAAGAUUUCGUGGCCAAACUCAAGCCCAAUAUUUAAAUUUCGGCGGUGCUGGUUCUCCUGAUAAAGAUGGUAAAGCAGAAGCCGAAGCACUGGAUGGCGGAGGCAGCAGGGCAGUUGUCUCUGGAAGUAAUGGCAUGGGACAAGCUCAAAGUCAAUCUAGUGCGGGAAGCUGCGCAGACUGUGUUGGGUACGAUGGCUACUACAGAGGUUACCCUGGAGCAUAUCCAGGACUACCAGGCACGGAAGUACUAGCGCAAUAUGGCAGACCAGGCCAUGCAGCACCACCAGGAGUGAGUGUCGAUAAAGAUACUAGGCCAAGACCGGGACUACCGGAUCGUCUAACAGGUCCAGAUGGAUGGCAACCGCCCACUACGUUUGUUCCAGGACGUCCUUCCGGAACCGCGCCAGGAACGCCAUUACGUCCUGGUCAAGUACCCAGCCCAGGACAAGUACCCCGUCAACCCGGUGCGUUAUUACCUGGACAAGUUAGUGGGCAACCUGGCAUUACAAAACCGCCUGGUCAGAUACCAGGGCAGCCUGGUUGGCAAUAUCCCGGACAAGCAGGAAUACAAUUACCAGGGCAAGUAGGAGCUCAACCCGGAGCUCAAUAUCCAGGGCAGGUGGGAGGUGUAGGCCCAACCAGUCAACAAUUUGCUGGACAACCUGGUGCACAGUAUCCAGGUCAAGCGGGAGCACAAUAUCCAGGCCAAGUACCCGGUCAAGCAGGAGCGCAAUAUCCAGGCCAAGUUCCCGGUCAACCAGGUGCACAAUAUCCAGGCCAAGUACCCGGCCAAGCAGGAGCACAAUAUUCAGGACAAGUUUCCGGUCAAGCCGGAGCUCAGUAUCCUGGACAAGUACCCGGUCAAGCCGGAGCUCAGUAUCCUGGGCAAGUUCCCGGUCAAGCCGGAGCACAAUAUCCAGGCCAGGUACCCGGUCAAGCAGGAGCACAAUAUCCAGGACAUGUUCCCGGUCAAGCAGGAGCGCAAUACCCAGGACAAGUUCCCGGUCAAGCAGGAGCGCAAUACCCAGGACAAGUUCCCGGUCAAGCUGGAGCACAAUAUCCAGGCCAAGUACCCGGUCAAGCAGGGGCACAAUAUCCAGGCCAAGUACCCGGUCAAGCAGGAGCACAAUAUCCAGGCCAAGUCCCCGGUCAAGCCGGAGCUCAGUAUCCUGGGCAAGUACCCGGUCAAGCAGGGUCACAAUAUCCAGGCCAAGUACCCGGUCAAGCAGAAACAAAAUAUCCAGGCCAAGUACCCGGCCAAGCUGGAGCACAAUAUCCAGGUCAAGUACCCGGUCAAGCAGGGGCACAAUAUCCAGGCCAAGUACCCGGUCAAGCAGGAGCACAAUAUCCAGGCCAAGUACCCGGUCAAGCCGGAGCUCAGUAUCCUGGGCAAGUACCCGGUCAAGCAGGAGCACAAUAUCCAGGCCAAGUACCCGGUCAAGCAGAAACAAAAUAUCCAGGCCAAGAACCCGGCCAAGCUGGAGCACAAUAUCCAGGCCAAGUACCCGGCCAAGCUGGAGCACAAUAUCCAGGCCAAGUUUCCGGCCAAGCCGGAGCUCAGUAUCCUGGGCAAUUACCCGGUCAAGCAGGGGCACAAUAUUCAGGCCAAGUACCCGGUCAAGCAGAAGCACGAUAUCCAGGCCAAGUACCCGGUCAAGCAGGAACAAAAUAUCCAGGCCAAGUACCCGGCCAAGCUGGAGCACAAUAUCCAGGUCAAGUACCCGGCCAAGCUGGAGCACAAUAUCCAGGUCAAGUACCCGGUCAAGCAGGAGCACAAUAUCCAGGCCAAGCGGAAGCUCAGUAUCCUGGGCAAGUACCCGGUCAAGCAGGGGCACAAUAUCCAGGACAAGUACCCGGUCAAGCAGGAGCACGAUAUCCAGGCCAAGUACCCGGUCAAACCGGAGCUCAGUAUCCUGGGCAAGUACCUGGUCAAGCCGGAGCACAAUAUCCAGGCCAAGUACCCGGUCAAGCAGGGACCCAAUAUCCGGGCCGAGUACCCGGUCAAGCAGGAACACAAUAUCCAGGCCAAGUACCCGGCCAAGCAGGAGCACAAUACCCAGGCCAAGUACCCGGUCAAGCAGGAGCACAAUACCCAGGCCAAGUACCCGGUCAAGCAGGAGCACAGUACCCAGGCCAAGUACCCGGUCAAGCGGGAGCACAAUACCCAGGCCAAGUACCCGAUCAAGCAGGAGCACAGUACCCAGGCCAAGUACCCGGUCAAGCGGGAGCACAAUAUCCAGGGCAAGUACCCGGUCAAGCAGGAGCACCAUAUCCAGGCCAAGUACCCGGUCAAGCAGGAGCACAAUAUCCAGGCCAAGUACCCGAUCAAGCCGGAGCUCAGUAUCCUGGGCAAGUUCCCGGUCAAGCAGGAGCACAAUAUCCAGGCCAAGUACCCGGUCAAGCAGGAGCACAAUAUCCAGGCCAAGUACCCGGUCAAGCAGAAACAAAAUAUCCAGGCCAAGUACCUGGCCAAGCUGGAGCACAAUAUCCAGGUCAAGUACCCGGUCAAGCAGGAGCACAAUAUCCAGGCCAAGUACCCGGUCAAGCAGGAGCACAAUAUCCAGGCCAAGUACCCGGUCAAGCAAGAGCACAAUAUCCAGGCCAAGUACCCGGUCAAGCAGGAGCACAAUAUCCAGGCCAAGUACCCGGUCAAGCAGGAGCACAAUAUCCAGGCCAAGUACCCGGUCAAGCGGGAGCACAAUAUCCAGGCCAAGUGCCCGGUCAAGCAGGAGCGCAAUAUCCAGGCCAAGUGCCCGGUCAAGCAGGAGCGCAAUAUCCAGGCCAAGUGCCCGAUCAAGCAGGAGCGCAAUAUCCAGGCCAAGUACCCGGUCAAGCUGGAGCACGAUAUCCAGGACAAGUUCCCGGUCAAGCUGGAGCACGAUAUCCAGGACAAGUUCCCAGUCAAACAGGAGCACAAUAUCCAGGACAAGUUCCCGGUCAAGCCGGAGCUCAGUAUCCUGGGCAAGUACCCGGUCAAACAGGAGCACAAUAUCCAGGACAAGUUCCCGGUCAAACAGGAACACAAUACAUAGGGCAAGUACCGGGUCAAGCCGGAACACAGUAUCCAGGUCAAGUAAAAGAAACUAGUAUUUCUAAAGUACCUGGAGAUGCAGCGGGUCAAUCUGGAAUACAAUAUCCCCCAGAUGUAUCUGGAUUACCAACGGCAAAAUAUCCCGGACAAGUGGUUGAUCAAUCAGGAGUACAAUUCUCGGAAAAAACUACAGGACAGAUGAGCAAGCAAUACAAUGGACAAGUAACAUAUCCUGCACAACUGCCAGGUCAAACCAGCGCUCAAUACCCAGGACAAACUGCAACACAAUAUCCCGGUCAACUACCAGGACAAACUGCAACACAAUAUCCCGGUCAACUACCAGGACAACCUGGAAUUCAAUACCCAGGUCAAUUACCUGGACAACCGGACGGUAUUAUUCCAGGACAACCUGGCGCUCAAUACCCAGGUAAAUUACCAGAACAAACAGGCGUUUCAUAUCCAGGUCAAUUACCAGGCCAACCCGGCGCUCAAAUUCCAGGACAACCAGCAGUUCAAUACCCAGUUCAAAUACCAGGACAACUUGGCAUACAAUUUCCAGGUCAAUUACCGGGACAACCCGGCGCUCAAUACCCAGGCCAAUUACCAGGACAGCCCGGCGUUCAAUACCCGGGUCAAUUACCUGGGCAGCCCGGAGUUCAAUACCCGGGUCAAUUACCUGGGCAGCCCGGAGUUCAAUACCCAGGUCAAUUACCUGGGCAGCCCGGAGUUCAAUACCCGGGUCAAUUACCUGGGCAGCCCGGAGUUCAAUACCCGGGUCAAUUACCUGGGCAGCCCGGAGUUCAAUACCCGGGUCAAUUACCUGGGCAGCCCGGAGUUCAAUACCCAGGUCAAUUCCCAGGACAGCCCGGCGCUCAAUUACCAGGUCAACAACCAGGACAAUCCGGGGCUCAAUACCCUGGUUAUAUACCAGGUCAGCAAGGACAAAAGCCAGGUGAUUUAGUACAAAGAGGCCCGGGACAAGUAAUCAGUUCACAACAAAUAGACAUCACAGGCCACCUUGAUAUUGGUGAUGGUUCUGAUGAAGUUUCUCAAGCUGAAACUUCAGUCCACAGUAUAGAAGGGGGUGAGACACAAGCAGCAGCGUCUGCAACAGGAGGGGCUGCUCAGACUCAAGUGAGCGGAACGCACAGCGGAACUGGAUCCUUUACUGCCCAAGCAAGUAUAGCUGACGUUAGCCGAGGUGCAAGUGCCCAAAUACAGGGGAAUGCAAAAGGAGUUACUAGCAGUGCACAGGGUCAUGCUGGUUCUGGCAACGCGCAAGCUCAAGUUGCUACUUCUGCAGACACUGGUGCAACUUCCGCAAGCGGUCAAUCUUCCGGUUGGAACCACGGAACCAACACUUUAGUUCAAGCAGGCGGAAAAGGAGGCAUGGCAGAUGCUCAAGCCGAAGGACCAGGAAGCACAUCGUCACAAGCUCAAAUUGGAUUUAAGCCUGACGAAUCCGCCAGUGGAGAACAGGUGCAAUCGACGCCUUUCCGUGGUGGAGGCACCGCUUCAGCACAAUCUGGACGUAGUACAGGACAAAGUCAGAGUCAAAUUCAAGGGCGAUUCAAUUACGGCAUUAGUUAUACAGGCGCGGCGCAAGCCGCUUCGGGCAGCAAGGACGGUGUUCAAGGAUUCAGAAAGCUACCAAAACCUGAAGGAGUGUUUCAAGCUGGAAGUGGAGAAGAAUUAAAUAAAAGAUCUGCCAUUGGUGGAAGCAGUACUACGGCGGAAACACACGAGCAGAAAAAGGUGCUGUCGGGAGUUCAACACGAACACCAACAUGGAAGCACUUCGGGGCUUUCGCAAACUCAACAUAGUGCAAAACCAAUAUUUGGAGAUAGUACUACACCGAAGACAAUGGACAUUGAUGAAAGUUCCGAAUACGAUGACGAAUACGAUGACGAGUAUCCAGAUUCCUCAGUAACCCCAUCAUCAGCCCUUCCUUCAUUCAGAUCAUCGCCAUCAGCAAAUCCUCAACCGACACCAAGUGGAAGUAAAAUAACACAAUCAACGCCGACUCAGACCCAGCACAUCGUGUUAGGUGAGGGCCAAAGGGCAAGAGUUGUUCAAGAACCGAGAGGAACCGUUGUACCGAGUGGCGGAAUAGUUUUUCAACCUGGAGAGACAGUUGGUAAUACUGGAUAUGUAGUUCCGCAAGGAUUUAGAGGAAGACUGGUUUCGGGAGCUGGCAGUUUGGGAAAUACUUUUGCAAGUGGGGGAAAAAAUUCGCAGGCAAGUAAGCUAAAGAUAAAGAUAAAAUUGAGGUGUGGUUUGUAA